UCUGCGUGUGCGCGCGUAGUGUGUGUGCGUCUGCGUGUGCGCGCGUGUGUCUAUCUAUCCAUCCGCCCCCUCCCGUCCUGAUCUCCUUCUCCGCUUCUUUUUCCACGCUCUCCAGGGAAAGAGAUGCUAAAAAGGCUGGCGCUGCGUCUCUUCGGAAGCCGGGAUCGGUGAAGAAGGAGCGACGCCGUGGGGCUUUUUUUAAAAAAAGGGGAAAAAAAAUAAAACCACACAUACACACCCAUCACAUGGAAUAGAGCGUUGGUUGUGCUUUUUUUCUCUCCCCCCCCCGCCCCGCAUUAUUGGAAGUGCUGGUGGGGAGGCUGAAGUGGAAUGCAUCAGUGGGCGCCCCCGCUUCAGGACGCGGAGGAUCGGCGCCAGCCGGAGGCGGAUCGACGGUGGGGGCUCCCGCGGAAGAGCCGGCGAGGAGGACCGGCGGAGCAGCAGCAGCAGCAGCACUCGCCGCCGCCGCCGGGGAAGACGACGGCUUCCCUGCGCCCUGGUCGCCAGUCCUACCAUGUCCAGAGCGCGCUGCAAGAAGAAGAAGAGGCGGCUUAAAGGGGCGGCUCGGCGGGUCCUGUCGCGGUGCCAAGGCGGCUGCUUCUGCUCCCAGUGGCCUCAGCCCGGGGCGCGGGGACAUGGUGUGAGGAAGGAGGAGAGGAGAAGGCAAGCGUUGAGGAGAGGCGAAGGAGGACGAGGAGGAGGAGGAGGAAGAGAAAGCGGAGGAAGAGGUGGUGGCGGCGGCGGCGGAGGGAAAAGGCUCCGCCGGAGGAGAAGCCUCUGCCGCUGAGGAGGGAGAAAGUUGACCUCUUCAAUGGGAAGCGAGAUAACAUGUAUGCUUGCUGCUCUACGGUGACUCUGGAGCAAGAUCUCAAUAGGAAAAUGCAUAUCUGGAUGGUGCAAACCAUAGCCUUUGCUUUAACAUCUCUAGUCCUGGCAUGGGCAGAGAGCAUUGAGUAUUAUGGGGAGAUAUGUGACAACAAAUGCCCUUGUGAAGAGAAGGAUGGCAUCUUGACGGUGAGCUGUGAGAACCGGGGGAUCAUCCACCUGUCUGAGAUCAGCCCUCCUAAAUUUUCUGUCUACCAUCUGCUUCUGUCUGGAAAUCUACUCAACAGGCUCUACCCAAACCAAUUUGUAAAUUACAGUGGGGCAUCCAUUUUGCAUCUGGGGGGCAAUGAUAUACAGGACAUUGAAACAGGUGCCUUUCAUGGGCUGCGGGGCCUAAGAAGGCUACAUCUGAAUAAUAACAAGCUGGAAAUACUGAGGGAUGACACUUUUGUGGGACUAGAAAGCUUGGAAUAUCUCCAAGUUGAUUACAAUUACAUCAGUACUGUUGAACCUAAUGCUUUCAGCAAGCUGCACUUGCUGCAGGUGCUGAUUCUGAAUGACAAUCUCCUCUCUUCAUUACCCAACAACCUGUUUCGGUUUGUGCCCUUGACUCAUCUUGAUUUGAGGGGCAACCGGUUGAAACUACUUCCGUACCUGGGUCUCCUGCAGCAUAUGGAUAAGGUUGUGGAGUUGCAGCUGGAGGAGAAUCCAUGGAACUGCUCCUGUGAGCUGAUUGCUCUCAAAGAUUGGUUGGACAGCAUCUCCUAUUCUGCCUUGGUGGGGGAUGUGGUCUGUGAAACUCCUUUCCGUUUGCAUGGAAGGGAUUUGGAUGAGGUUUCCAAGCAGGAGCUUUGCCCAAGAAGACUCAUCUCAGAUUAUGAGAUGAGACCACAGACACCACUGAGCACCACAGGGUAUUUUCAUACCACACCAGCCUCUGUGAAUUCAGUGGCUACAUCUUCCUCGGCUGUUUACAAAUCACCCUUGAAGCCCAAGGGGACACGCCCACCCAACAAGUCCAGAGUGCGUCCCACCUCCCGCUUGCCCUCCAAGGAUCUGGGUUACAGCAACUACGGCCCUAGCAUUGCUUACCAGACCAAAUCCCCUGUGCCUUUGGAGUGCCCUACAGCUUGCACUUGCAACCUUCAGAUCUCUGACUUGGGCCUCAAUGUCAACUGCCAAGAGAGGAAGAUAGAGAGCAUCUCAGAGCUCCAACCCAAGCCGUACAACCCCAAGAAGAUGUACUUAACUGAGAACUAUAUUGCCCUGGUGCGAAGGUCAGAUUUUGUGGAUGCCACUGGGUUGGAUUUGCUCCACCUGGGCAAUAACCGCAUCUCAGUCAUUCAGGACCGGGCCUUUGGGGAUCUUACUAACUUGCGGAGACUCUAUCUGAAUGGGAACCGAAUUGAGAAACUGAACUCAGAGCUUUUCUAUGGUCUUCAGAGUUUGCAGUACCUCUUCCUGCAAUAUAAUGUGAUCCGAGAGAUUGAGGCAGGAACUUUUGAUCCUGUACCUAAUUUACAACUUUUAUUUCUCAACAACAAUCUCCUGAGAUCUUUGCCUGUGGGCAUUUUUUCUGGCUUAACUCUCUACCGGUUGAACCUAAGGAGCAAUCAUUUCUCCUAUCUUCCUGUUAGUGGGGUGCUUGACCAGCUGAAGUCCCUGCUUCAGAUAGAUCUGCAUGAGAACCCAUGGGAUUGUACAUGUGAUGUGGUGGGCAUGAAAUUAUGGCUUGAACAACUCAACACAGGGGUCCUUGUGGAUCAGGUAAUCUGUGAAUCCCCUAAGAAGUUUGCCGAGAGUUACAUGAAGAACAUCAAAGCAGAGCUGUUAUGUCCAGACUACUCUGACAUUAUAGUUUCCACUCCCACUCCAUCUUCCAUGCAGGGACCAGUAAGGACCACCCCCUUCUCCAAUUCUGGGCAGUUCAACAGCACCUUGGAAGGGGAUGACUCAGCAUCAUCUUCUGGUGGCUCUUCUUCCUCUUCUUUUUCUUCCACGGUGCCUUUGUCGGUGCUGAUUCUCAGCCUGCUGCUGGUCUUCAUUAUGUCUGUGUUUGUGGCUGCAGGCCUAUUUGUGCUGGUCAUGAAGCGAAGGAAAAAGGUACAAGGAGACCAUGCCAGCACCAACAACUCAGAUGUGAGCUCCUUCAACAUGCAGUACAGUGUAUACACAGGUGGAGGAGCCCCCCAUUCUCAUCCACAUGCCCAUCACCAGCAGCAUCCACAGCAUCUUCACCGUGGAGGUGGUGGUGGAGGAGGUCCAGCUUUACCCAAGGUGAAAACCCCUGCUGGACAUGUCUAUGAGUACAUUCCUCACCCUUUAGGCCACAUGUGCAAGAACCCCAUCUACCGGUCCAGGGAGGGCAAUGCAGGGGAGGAUUACAAAGAUCUUCAUGAGCUCAAGGUGACCUACAGCAACCAUCACCUCCACCCCCAAGCCCCACCACCCCCACAAGCCUUGGGGCAGCCUCCAGUGGCUCCAGGGGGCCAAGAGGAAACCAUCCGAAGUCCCACGUACAGUGUGAGCACCAUUGAGCCUCGGGAUGAGUUGCUUUCCCCUGUUCAGGAUGCUGAUUGCUUUUACAGGGGCAUUUUGGAGCCUGACAAACACCCUUCUUCCACCUUGGGGGGCAGUAGCCUUCCUGAGUAUCCUAAGUUUCCACCAACUGCCUACACCUAUUCCCCUAACUAUGACCUUAGGCGCCCCCCUCAUCCUUACUUGCAUCCCGGCCCAGGGGACAGUAGGCUCCGGGAGACGGUGCUCUAUACUCCCCCAAGCACUGUUUAUGUAGAGCCCAACAGGAACGAAUACCUGGAGCUAAAAGCAAAGCUAAAUGCAGAGCCGGACUACCUCGAAGUAUUGGAAAAACAGACCACAUUCAGUCAGUUCUGAGACCUCCUUUUCUCCUCCUGUCCUCUCCUAGAGCAUUUGUAUUUAAUAGCCACACACAAAGAAACACAAUGUUCCCUUCCAUGUCCCUUUUCUCCCCAACCUGCCUUUUCUUCAUUUUGUUGGAAGGUGAAGUGCCUUGGCACAAGAAUUUCCAGCUUCGGGGAAAAUUAUGGAAAGGGUGUGCUGAUUCCAUAGUUAUAGAUCAUUCUCUCUCUCUCUCUCUCUCUCUCUCUCUCUCUCUUCUUUUCUUUCUCCCUCCCUCCCUCUCUCUCUCUGUUGUUUGGUUUUGUUUUUAAACUGCCAGUAGGAAUCAAUGGAUUGAGUAAACUAGGCACAGAAUUUGUUCUCUCACCCCUUUAUAUGGUGUGUGUUGUGCUAAGGAAAGCAUUGGGAUGUGUAUUAAAAUGUUUCUUGUAAAACUGGAUGUCAGAAAGAUCAUAGAAAUCACUCUCCUCCCCGCUUUUAUGUUGGAUAUGCACAGCUGACCAUUUGUUGUCCCCCCCCCACACCCCACCCAAUGCUUGGUUGAAAAGUGCAGGGCACCAAAUUCCUUUUUCUUUUCUUUUUAAAGCCAUGGAUGGCUCUAAAUGGCUUUGGGGGAGCUGGGGGGGACAAGAUUAGCACACCCUGACUUUAAUACAAGGUUGUUUGUUCUUUCCCUUCCUUUUUUUAAGGAAAAAAAAUGAAAACAAAGGAUGUAUUUGUAUGUUUCUGGACUUUUGAAUUUAAAAAACACAUACACAACAUUACGAUCUUUAAAAGGAUCGCCAUAGAUGUGGACAAAUCAAUAAAGAGUUCAGAGAUAUAUGAUCCGUAACUGAUUAGUAAAAAUAACUUAUUGAAAUAUAUACAAAAAUAUUUUAUUGUAGCUCCUAUUUUUAUAAGCGCGGUAGCAUUUCCUUCACCGGUAAGGUCUAGUCCUCUCAUAUGGAACAGUUCAUGGGGCCUCCUUGCACAUUAAUGCUUUGUUUGUUUUUAAGAUGUAGAACUAAAAUGUGACACAAAAGGUAUUUAGAAAUGUAUAUCAUGCAGCUACAAGGAGAGUCAGGAUUGUUUUAUAUACACUUGGUGGCACACCCUGGUUUGUUGCUGUAUAAUGUGAGAAAUGAUCCUUUAGCACUGAUUGUGUAGGCAAGCAUUUGGCAAACACAUAGGGUUAUAUCCUACACCAUUGAUUUCAGUAAGAAUUUAAGCUCUGUAACUGGCACAGAUUCGUAGCCUUAGACAUGCAUCAAACCUUCAAUGCAGGAUUCUGCUCAUGAUGCACGGUCUUAGGCUUGCUAGAGCAUCGUUCCUAUUCAGCCAUAGUACUGGAUGUUUUUCCAGGGUGCCAAAUAGCUUUCAGGAUGAAGCCCGGAGUCUGUGAUUUGCUCAGGUUGUGUUACACUGCUUUCUGAGCUUCCUUUCCAAAGCUGCAAUGGUCUCUGGAGAAUGUCAGAAAUCACUGAAAUUAUUAAUAAUCAUCAUGACCAAAUCUUAAGAGACAAUCUGAGGGGGGGGGGAAACCAUGUCAGAAAAAGAGAUUUAUAUGAUACGUUUUGUUGUUGGUGUUGUUCAUGAAUUAUUAUUCUAAGGAGCUUCCUGCUAGGGUGAGGGUGACUAAUUUGGACUAAUUAGUGAGGGACAUGUGGAAAUAGUCUGUUUGAGCCAGGGAGAUGGUGAUGGUUUAUAUUCAAAAUUCAGCUCAAAUAUCAUAGUUUGGUAAUGUCUGUCACCGAUUUUUGAUUAUUGGUUCAACAAAAAUGGCCUUUGUCCAGCUCCAUAUGUGUAAUGGCACCACCAGAAGCCAAAUGAUGGACUGCAUAAGUCUAUUUAUGAAUUCUUAACUCCAUUUGGGCACCAACCAGUGGGACAUAAAUCCAUAAACACAGCAUCACUGUAUGAUGGGACAGGUUGCGGUCUCAUAUGUAUCCCAGCACAUGUAUUUUUUUUAUAGUUUAUGAAUAAACACUUGAUA